AUGUACAAUGCCGGGCCGGGGGCAUUUGAUGGCAACCCCCGACAAGCCCGACCCUCACUCCACGACAACAUGCUCACUCGUGUCCUGUCCCAAACCAUACCGCCCAUCCACCUGCCUUGUUCGGGAAGGGCUCAACGCCUUUGCCUUCGAGGGCUCGCGGGAGUGGCUGAUGGCGUCCGGUACAUGCUCAUACCCCGCAUUGUCAAGGGGGGCCCAGCAUCGAAGGGUUUGGAGCGGGCUUCUUUGUUGAGCACCACCCUCGUCUUCAAUAGAAUUGAUUACUGUUGUGCCACCGAGUUCAAGUCGACCCGACCCAAGAAGCGGCAGGCUAGCCAGUCAGUUAUGGCCAGUAGCGAGGAUGCGGCGGCGAGCCGCACUGGUGAGAAGGACAUUGAGCCCCAAGGUCUGGCCCGCCAGACAACUACAGCGAGUGAGAAGGCCGACCUGGGGAAACACGAUGACAGGGCGAACAGGCAGGGCCAGUAUACCCAUGUCGACGCCGCGAUUGCGAGCAAGAUCGCGGCCAACGUCGACGACUUCAUGACGCUCGUGAGCGAGGCCAAUGAGGCCAAUGAGAGAGAGAAGGGUAUGAAGCUCUCGACGGCGUUCAAGACGUACCCAAAGGCCAUUGCGUGGAGUAUGAUCUUGUCUGCUUGCCUGAUUAUGGAGGGCUACGACACCUCAAUCAUAGGCUCGUAUACCGCAUACCCUGCUUUCAGAGACAAGUUUGGCACCCUCGGUCCCUCGGGGAAAAUUACGAUCCCCUCAGAUUGGCAAAACGGGAUAUCAGGGGCGAUAAACGUUGGCGAGAUCAUUGGGCUUCAAAUAGCGGGCUGGGUAUCGGAACGCUAUGGCUACCGCUAUACUAUCCUGUCUGCACUGGUGGCUAUCACGGGCUUCAUCUUCUUCCCCUUCUUUGCAUCAUCCCUGACAGUGUUUCUCGUCGGCGAGUUCUUCCAGGGUAUCGCGUGGGGUGUGUUCCAGACGAUGACGGUGGCCUAUGCGGCCGAGGUGUGCCCCUUAGCGCUGAGGCACUAUCUGACGAUCUUCGUCAACCUCUGCUGGAUCAUCGGAGGAUUUAUUUCCAGUGGUGUCCUGGUCGGUUUAGAACACAGAACUGACGAUUGGGGUUACAAGAUCCCCUUCGCGCUACAAUGGGCAUGGCCCAUUCCCCUGGGCAUCGGGUGCCUCCUGGCGCCGGAGUCGCCCUGGUGGUGCAUCCGCAAAGGGCGCAAGAAGCAGGCCGAACGAUCUCUGAAGCGGCUGGCGCGGACCUCGGGCUUCAGCCAGCGGGACCUCGACGCCACAAUGGCGCUGAUGAUUUACACGGACGAGAUGGAGAAGCAGGUGUCCAAGGGGACCACAUACCGGGACUGCUUCCGGGGCAUCGAGCUCCGCCGCACCGAGAUCGUCUGCAUGACCUGGAUUUCGCAGACCAUGUCCGGCAGCGCGGUCGGCGGCCUUAGCGCCUUCUUCUUCCAGCAGGCCGGUAUCAGCGAUCUCGACUCCUUCAAGCUUGGCUGGGGCCAGAAUGCCCUGGGUGCUGUGGGCACCAUCAGCAGUUGGUUCAUCCUCGAGAAAGUCGGCAGGAAGUCUCUAAUGUUAGGCGGUAUGUGCGUAAUGUUUAUGCUGCUCAUGAUCACUGGCUUCCUGGGUAUCCCAAGCUCGCCAUCUACAGCAGAAAUAUGGGCCGCUGGGAGCAUGGUAGUUCUCCUGUCCGCCGUCUCCAAUUUCUCUGUUGGCCCUGUCGUUUACACGAUCGUCUCCGAGCUCCCAUCCAGCCGACUGCGAGCCAAGUCCAUCAUCCUGGGGCGCAACGCAUACAACGCCAUCAACAUCGCGUUCGUCAACGUGGUUUCCUACAGACAGCUGAACCCAAACGAAUGGAACCUAGGUCCCAAGGCUGCUUUUCUUUGGGCUGGGAUCAACGCUGUGUUCACAACCUAUAUUUUUUUCCGACUUCCUGAAACCAAGGGGCGGACGUUCGCUGAGAUAGAUAUUCUGUUCGAGAACAAGAUUCCUGCUCGCAAGUUUGCAUCUACAAAGAUCGAGGAUCUGGUCGAGGGUACCGAAGAAGCACAGAGGGAACAGGCAGACCGCAUCACCCAGCAACAAAAGCGAGCCGAGGAUGAGACAAAGGCUUGA